GACAAAUUGCACGUUUGUGUUGCAACGCGCCAAUCCGGUGGGCCAUAAAUAGAGAGAAGCUCGCGGAACACGAGGAGAGAGAGCCAUGCCGCAGAUCUUCGUGCAAGGACUGACCCUCCACACGCUGGAGGUGUCCCUGGAGACCACAGUGGCGGCGGUGAAGGGAGUUCUGGCCGCUGCGGAGGGCGUCUCUAUCGGGGAUCAAGUGGUGACGUAUGCUGGCGUCCCUCUUGAAGACGAGUGUCUUCUACUGGAGGCCGUCCCGGAGCAGGGGACGCUGAGUCUGAGCGCCAGAGUUGUUGGCGGUAAGGUCCACGGCUCUCUGGCACGUGCUGGGAAGGUCAGAGGACAAACACCAAAGGUUGAUCCACAAGAGAAAAAGAAAAAGAAGACAGGUCGAGCAAAGAGGCGCAUGCAGUACAACCGCCGGUUUGUAAACGUGGUGGCCACGUUUGGGAAGAAGCGUGGACCCAACAGCAACGCUCCCUGAGAUCUGCUGUGGGACUGUUUCAUGCAUAAUGAUGUCAUGCGAGAAAAUUAUUUCUGUGAAUAAUGAUGGUCGCGUAUACGGUUGAUUUACGGAUAUGUGUGGCGGUUUACGGAGUUUUGCCACACCCAUACGCGAGCGUGAUCUAA